AUGGCCACCAAACCAACCGUCCUCCACAUCGGAGACGCCAUCAAGUAUAACCACGAUUUCUACAACAAUGAAUUCACCUCCCGAUUCAAGGUAAUCCAAGCAACAGAAACAACCCGAGAAGAAUUCAUCCAAGCCCUGAAAUCUCAAAAAUACGGCCCCUUCUCAGCCCUAUUCCGCCCACACUUUCAAACAGGCGACUUCAUGGGCCAAUGGGACUCAGAACUAAUCCAGCUCUUACCACCCAGCAUGCGAAUCUUCGCCUCAGCAGGAGCAGGCUUCAACUGGGCUGACAUCUGGUACGCCAACGGGGCCGGCGCCUCCGACAACGCCGUCUCCGACACAGCCUUGUACAUGAUCCUCAGCGUCUUCCGCAACUUCACGCGCUCGCAACUCGCAGCCCGAACCGCCGACCCGGCAAAAUUCACAGCGACGCAUCGGCUUAUUGCGACGAUUUCGCAGAACCCGCGCGGUCACGUCCUUGCCGUGAUUGGGUUUGGGAAUAUCAGCAGAAAAUUGGCGUUUAAGGCGCGGGUGGCGUUGGGGAUGAAGAUCCAUUAUUAUGAUGUUGUUCGCGCUGACACGAGGACGGAGGAGGAGUUGGGUGCGACGUUUCAUGAGUCUUUGGAUGAACUUUUGGGUAUUGCGGAUUGUGUUACGAUUCAUACGCCGUUGAAUCGGUAUACGCAGGAUUUGAUUGAUGAGAGGGCGUUGGCGUUGAUGAAGCCCGGUAGUCGGAUCGUUAAUACUGCACGUGGACAGAUUGUGAAUGAGGAUGCGCUGGUGAAGGCGUUGGAGAGUGGUCAUCUUUCGGCGGCGGCUUUGGAUGUGCAUUACCAUGAGCCGCAGGUUUCGCAGAAGUUGGCGAGUAUGGAGAAUGUUACGCUGACUACGCAUGUUGGUGGUGGUGCUUUGGAUACGAGGAUCAACUUCGAGUUAAACGCCAUGAAGAAUAUCCUUGCGGUUGUGGGGGCGAACGGGGAAUUUGUCGGACAGCCGCUCACUCCUGUGAAUACCAAGGCCUUUGAGGAGGCGAUGCGAGAAUAA